GUGCAGAAAGUAAAAGCCCAGAACUCAACCUAAAUUCCUAAUCAGAAAUUCAGAACACAAACCCUUGCCUUUCCUCGCGCUCCUGUCCAGCCACCGUCGUGCCCUGGUCGCACUCAAACACCAUCGCGGUUUCAGUCGCACAUCGUUGGCGACCGUCGUCCUGCCGCCGCCGUUGCGCCUCCGUCACCACUGGUUUGGGCCUUUUGCCUCUCUCGUAAGUGGUUUGUCAUCAAUUGAGCCUAAACCACUUCUUUUCUGAAGAGAGAAUGGGAUUUGCAGGAGCCCUAAGAAACAUUGUUCGCCCUCUUUCAGUUGCAUCAUCAAGAGCUUUAACACCUCGGAUCUCCACCAAUGCUUCGAUGGCACCAUUUUGUCCUGCUUUUCCGUCUCCCUGCAAAACUCCUCAAUGGCUUCAUCCCCUUUGGAAUCACUUCCACAGCUUGACAGACACUCGCUUUCCCAAGAGACGACCCUCGGAAAAACCUCGUCGAAAGAGAGCCAGCUUGAGACCCUCUGGGCCUUAUGCUUGGGUUCAAUAUACACCUGGCCAACCCAUACUUCCAAAUAAGCCUAAUGAAGGGAGUGUCAAAAGGAGAAAUGAGAAGAAACGCAUGAGGCAACGCCGGGCCUUUAUAUUGGCUGAAAAGAAGAAAAGGAAGGCUCAGCUGCAAGAGGCUAAUCGCAAGAAAAAUAUUCAGAGGGUAGAACGUAAAAUGGCUGCCGUUGCAAGGGAAAGAGAGUGGGCAGAAAGACUGGCUGAGUUGCAGCGACUUGAGGAAGAGAAGAAAAAAUCUAUGGCUUGAAUUUGGUUUUAUCGGUUGUGAACUCUCUAAACACUGUUGCUUUAUUUUAAAAAUGUUCUAUGACUUCUGAAACAUGGAAGUUUGAAACUCCCCCUUACUUUCUCAAUUCCCUCCCAUACCUGGUGAGAGUAAUGCUAAAUGCUGACCCUUUUUUCUUUCAUGAAAGAAAUAAAAGACCGUCUAUCAUUAGAUCACUCUGCCUAACAUGGGAGGGAGAUUUGUGUUCACCCCAAUUGUGGGUUUGGAUCCAUCUGAUAGAGGUCCAACAUUAGAAGGGGAAUUGCUAGGGGCACCCAACAACAUUGCUGGUGCACCCAACAAUUUUUCAAAAACCCCAAAAUACCCCUGAAUGUUUUUCAAAUGAAAAACAGUUUUGCUUUGGUGUGAUAUUUGUCAACUAAGGUACAUAGCUUUUGUGUGUAUCAUUGUUUAUGAUGA